AUGUCUCGACCACGGAUCUUGUUGGCCUUCUUUCAUGCCGACAGGGCGCCUCGAAACUGUAUCCUUACUCCAAACUUCUACAGUCAUCGAACCGACAGGCAACAAACCCGCUUCACAAGUACGCCAUUUUCUCCAGCUGCCAGCAUAGCCAAGACAAUCCCCGCUGGCACAGAAUUAAUAGGCCAAUCUGGUCGUCACUAUAUAAUUGAAAAAGUUCUCCAGGCCAAAGAGAAUUCGCCUUUGCAUGUUUAUCUCGCUAAGUGUGUACACGCCUUGAAGAACCCAUCAUUUCAUGAAGCUAACUCUUGUUUGUUUGAUAGGUCUGAAAAGGAGGAUUUUGUCCUUAAAAAUGUCCCCGAUUUCGAGUACCUUCAGAAAGUCUAUCAAAAAGUAGAUGGCUGCUCUUACCUCCGCCUACCACAAGAUUCAAUGGCCGAGCGCUCGAUGUUUGUUUAUAGAUACCUGACGACCGACUUUUUGAAUCUACCUGUCAAAAAUGAAUUACCAUUAGACACAACCAAGCGAGUUCUAAGAGAUGCGUUGCAGGGCCUUGCUGCAUUGCAUGAUAAUAACAUAAUGCAUAAUGAAGAUGGCUCUAUCACAGAUGUCCGACUAGGCGAUCUUGAAGAUGCUGCAAUUGUGCCACCAGGCUGUGGGAUAUCAGGGAGACAGUUAGUUGACGAGAGUGAACUUGGUGCUGGAGAGGAGAUAUUAGCCCACGUUAUUGAACGGCAGAUAUCAUACUUUGCAGAUGAAGAUAGCAUCCAGGAGUUUCUAGAACUGAUCAGAGAGAGUCCUUGGGCUGAGGUCUUCAAGAUCACCAGUGAUGGUUUCAACAACGAGAACCCUCGAAAGCCAUUUGCUCUGUGGAAAGGCGUGGAUCCAGUGUUCAAGGACCUAAUCUGUCGAAUGACACAUUUCAACCCAAGGAAAAGAAUAACAGCGCGUGGGGCACUAGAACACGAGUGGUUCAAGGGAAUAUAG